AUGUUCUCCCGAGUCCAGGCAUUCCAAAGACCUUCAACGAGUCUAAUGCCCUACUUCAUCGCGGAAGCAGUCCUUUCGACCUACAUGGAAACCAUGCUCUGCGAAUCGUAUGAUAUAUAUGAAAGUCUGCUCGACUGGGAUGAGUACCUUACCUUCGCCCGUGGACAAGCAGGUCUGCUCGUGACCAAGUGCGGAUUUCUCUGUUGUGGCCCUGUCACAGCCGAAGAGCACGACGUGGUGAUAUUGCCAUAUGGCAGCCGGCAUCCCAUGCUGUUGCGUCGUCAGGCAGAAGAUACCUACACGUUCCAAAGUUUUUUGUAUGUUUUUGGCAUCAUGGAGGAAGAGCUGAUCAAGACUUGUCCUGACUUGGAGCUUGAGGAGAUGGAAUUCAAGAUCGUCUAG